AUGACUACAAUUUCAAUUAAAAUCAAACAUGGAACAGAUCAGAUAGAAGUUAUCGAAAUCGACCCUAAUAUAACAGUGAAGGAAUUAAAAGAAAAACUCACUCCAAAGUUUAAUACAGAACCUUCUUUAAUGAAGAUUAUAUUUUAAGGUAAAAUCCUUAAAGACAUUGAUGUUCUCUAAAUUGUGAAUGUAAAGGCUGAUUCAACAAUGCAUCUAGUUGUUACCAAAUGUAUAAAAUUCAAAUAACAAAUAGAAUAAGCUUAAUAACCACCUUAAUAAUAAGCUCCAGCUCCAUAAUAAUAAUAGCCCUAAUAGCCUGUAGGAGGAUAAUAAGGCGGACUUCCAGGUUUUGGAGGAUUAGGAGCUACUGGUGGAAUGGGAGGUAUUGGAGGCCUUGGCGGACUUGGAGGAAUGGGUGGAUUAGGUGGUAUGGGAAUGGAUCCAUAAAUGAUGAUGUAAUUCUUAUAAAACCCAAUGUAUCAGGCCUAAAUUUCAUAAGUAUCCAAAUUCUUCUCAAUAUUAUUAGAUGAUGUAAAAUCCACAAGUGAGAUAGCAAAUCAUGCAACAUCCAAUGAUUUCUUAAAUGAUGUAAGCUAACCCAUAGCUUUAAUAAAUAUUUGAUAAUCCUUAACUUUUGUAAAUGAUGAUGAACCCUUAAGCAAUUUAAAUGGCUCUAUCAGGAAUGGGAGGAAUGGGAGGCCUCGGUGGAAUGGGAGGUUUUGGUGGUAUGGGAGGUUUCAGCGGAGUUGGAGAUCAACCUAUUCCAUCAAACCCAAAUACUGCAUAAGUACCACCCCCUGUCUAAAGUACACCUAAUUUAAAUACUUAAAAUCCAUUAGGUGGAUUUGAUUUACAGAGUCUAAUGAGCAUGAUGGGAGGUAUUAUUAUUUGUUUAAAUUAAAUAGGAGGAGUUGGAGGUAUUGGAGGAGCCUAAUUAACACCAGAAGUUUCUGAGUAGAAAUAUGCUACUUAAUUGUAAUAAUUGCAAGAAUUAGGAUUUACUAAUAAAUAAGUGAAUUUAGAAGCAUUAAUUGCAACUGGGGGAAAUGUAGAAGCAGCAGUUGAUAGAAUUUUAAAUAUGAUAGGUCAAUGAU